UAGAGACCUUAAUUCCAUUGUGGUAUAUGUGACUUGAGCUAAGAAUUACUCCACCAAACGUCGACGUCAGAACACAACAUUAUGUUUGUGAAUAAAUAGAUAAGAUUUGUCGUGAAGAUGAAAAAAUGAGCCUCGAUUAUUAGUGACACGUUAUUAUCGGGUGCGAAAAUAUUUCACGACAAUGAAAGACGCAGUGGACGAGAAAAAGAAACGGACACCAAAACGGAAAGAAAAACGAAGACGACCUAGUGCUGCCAUAAGUAUUGCAGCAUCGGAUCAGAACUAUGACUCCCCAUACCAAGAUUCAUCGUACAAAGUCCCGAACACGGAGCGCACCAAGCGUAGCAAUAGCAAGCUCAACCUACAGUCGCCGUCUAUCAUUAAAGAAAAUGGUGUUUUUGUGGACACUCUCUUCCCUUCAGAGCAUCUAGUGGCCAUGAGUAUUGUUGAGAAUGAACACAAUGAAGCGGACCAGCUAGAUUCUAUAGCCGAGGAUCCUCCGUUAGAUUUAGCCACACCGAACGAAAUACCCCGUUCCUACGACCCGUCAGACAGAAACCAGAUACUCGUCAAGGAUCCAGAUACUAAGGAACUCGUCACCACAAAGUGCAUUGCGGGACGAGAGGACUCUGUAUUUGUCGGUCCCGCGGGAGCUGAGCCCAAACCAACAGAUCCCUAUGUCCUCUCCCGAUGCCUAAUCCAGAAGCGGUUCGGGGCUGGCGUUCUGCUCCUCCGACCCAUGGAAAUGAAACCCACACAACUCGUCACAAGGGGAGACUUGAUCUUCCAGCUUUGGUAUGGCCGGGUGUCGUUGACCAUUCACGAAACAACCUCCGUCAUAGUAUCCGGAGAUUUCUUUUUCGUCCCCAGAGGUAAUACAUACAGCGUCAAGAAUCUUAGAAACGAAGAAGCUAAGUUUAGCUACACAGUGGUCAAAGAGGUGCCUCCCGAAAAGGAGGCGGCGGACAAGGAGAUCAUGGAACGAAAAGACAGGGAAAGCAAACUAGGUCAACUGAGUGCUAGAGAAGGCACCUUCGUCACCGAAAUAGCCAAGCCUCAGGACGAAUCUCUACAACGGCCGAACAUUGAAGAUACGCCUAAGGAUAACGUUAUUGAAAAUACACCACGCCCAAAGAGUAUCGUUCCAGAUAAAGACAACGAACAUGAGCAUACAACCAAUAAGGGUGACGAUGACGACUCGGCAGAGAAAACAAAAGAAGAGCCAAUUCUAACUCCUCAACUUUCAAUUGAACCAACAGAAUGGAAACCUGUGGUGGUGUAGUACGAACUUAGGUUGAUGGAUUGUCGAAGGAACAUUGAGCUAAACAUGUUGUUGGCUUUUCAUGACUUUUACUGUGUUAGUACAUUGCUUGAUUUCGACGCCGCAAGUAGUCUAUAUUUAUUGAAAUAUUUGUUAAUAAAAAACACAAGGGACUAACGUCGUAUCGUAAAGGGGUUGGACAUUCAAAUACAUGCUAUAAUUUAACAACAACAUAAAUCUAUUAUGUAUGAUAUUAUUCCUCCAAACGGCGCAAAUGAUUUCGACUUGGCUUAUAUUAACAAACAUCAACAUGUUCAGGCCUAGAACUGAUAAAAUUGUGGUUUCUGAUUUACACACUGUAAUUUGUUACAGUCAACGUUAAUAUCAAUUUGUGUGUUCUCCUCUUGUUUUGUUUCAUGACAGGUAGCUGAAAGUAUUACAUAGCAAACGAAAAACUAGCUCAAUUCAUAGCAUUGCUGAGUGUGUAACUAAAUUUGUUACGUUGCAUACAGGCUAGUUUCAUUUGCUUCAUGUUAGACAAACAAACUAAAUUCAUAAUAUUACAGAAAGGGCAAUUUAUUUUGUUUCAUAAAAGGUAAAAUAGAAGAAUAUUUCCUACCUUAUACGUGUUUACGUAUUACAUGAUAACUACAUGAACCAACUUCACCAUAAUCUAUUUCUUAUAAUUUGUUUGUAAAUAAAUGCAUUUGAAAUCACUUAUCAGUUGAUUUUGAAAACAAUGGCGGGUGAAAUAUACUUAUUUAUCGACAUAUUUUACAUACCCUACAAUGUGAGUAAACAUUUUCUGCAAAAGUGAUUAAAUACAUCCUCAUAAUGGAUUUAAUCUCUACAACAGUGCAGAUUAUACCCUCUACGAUCCUGAAUAUUAUAUCCUCAAAAUAAUUAAUAUUAUAUUCUUUUUAAAAGUGUGCAAAAUAUUCUCUACAAAAAUAAAUAUUAUGUCCUCCACAAUAAUGAAUAUUGUUAUAAUAUUCUUUAUAGUAGUGAACACAAUAUUCUCAACAAUAUAUACUUUCUACACAAAUAAUGUAGGUAUUAAACGUUUCGCAACGUUUUAAGACCGACUGGUCCUUUGUCAAGCUAGGACGGAUAGCUUAUUGAAAAUAUUAAACAUUUCAUCUUCAACAACAAAAAAAGAUUAUCAUAAUUAUAUAUUCUGUUAUGCUGAACAUACAUUGUAAUAGCUCCAACAUUUUUUACAUUAUAUCCUGCACAUCAAUGAAUGCUAUAACUACAUUCUUCAUUAUAGUGAACAUAAUAUUCUGAACAGUUUUGAUAUUAUAUCAUUAACAAUAAUGAAUGUCAUACUUAUUUUCUCUAUAAUAUUUAAACAUUAUGUUCUCCGCAAUAAUAGAAAUAAUUCUCUAUAAUAGUAAACAAUAUAUCUCAAUCGAUAUGAUAUCUUACGAAAUAAGAAUGUAUCUCGUGCACAGAGGUGACUGCACCUUUAAAGAUUAAACACCCUCUUUAACAGUGAAUACCAUAUUCUCUACGACUUACAUUUUGUGUACAAGGUAACUCAGAACUUGGAAAUAGUGAAUCAUUUCCAAUUUUGUCGUAUUGUAGAAAUAAUUCAAAUUAUUAUCAAGUUUUAAAUCUUAUGUGAAGUUUAAAAGAUAGCUCCUGUAUAAUUGAUUUGAAAUCCAUUU